GGGCUUUGCACACGGCCCGCCUCCUGCCUACAAAAGAGCCCGGGCCGGCUGGCUCCACAGCUCCCCAGACAGCUGUUGCUCAUCCUCAUCUGUCUGUCCGAACUCCGCACCUCUCUGCCACAUGGACCCCAACUGCUCCGGCUGCGCUGGCGGCGCCUGCAGCUGCGCGGACUCCUGCAAGUGCAAAGACUGCAAAUGCGGCUCCUGUAAGAAGAGCUGCUGCUCCUGCUGCCCCGCGGGCUGUGCCAAGUGUGCCCAGGGCUGUGUGUGCAAAGGGGCGCCGUCGGACAAGUGCAGCUGCUGCGCCUGAGAUUGGGGGCGGGAAGGGCCCCCUGAUGUAAACAGAACAUUCCUGUGUGCCCCCUUGUCCUUGGCUGCCCUCUUUUUACUAUGAACAAUGUGAAUGACAAUAAAAGUGAUUGAAUGGA